GUAAGCAAUACAGGCCUUCCUCCAAUAUUACAAGGCCUGUCUGUCACUGCCUAGUCACAUAGGAGGGAUUAUUUUACUUACCACCACGAUCAUCAUCCCAUCCACACUAAAUAGCAACAUCCAUCCGCUCCAGAGUCACAUUAGCAAAGCAAACACAAGGUCGUUCUUAUUUUGCCCCACGAUAAUAAUUUCAAGCUUCUCAAAAUGUCUAUCCCCAACCAGGCGCUGGAAAAGUUGAUCCGCGAAAUCGAGAGCCAGGCCAUUGUGGCCCAGCAGCAGAUUGGCCAGGCCCGCACGCAAAUGACGGCGAAGCAACGAGAAAUGCGGAUGGUGCGCCUGACCCUGGACGAGGUGGCGAGCCUUCCCACGAACUCUGGUGUUUACGAGGGUGUCGGUAAAAUGUUCGUUUCAAUACCCACGCCACAGCUGACACAGAAGCUGGAGGGCCAGAUCAAGGAGAAGGAGGGCGAGGUGGAGAAACUAAGCCAGAAGUUGCAUUACUUGGAGACGACGUAUAAGAACAGCCGACAACACAUAGACCAGAUGCUUAAGGCCCAGUCAUGAUGGACGAAGUUGUAUCGGGAAGGGGCGAUGCUGGGGGGACAGACGCAGAGUCGGAAGGGAUUACCAAGAGCCGUCAAUAUAUAGGGCGGUA